CCGCCCCCCGGACGGCGCAGCCGGUGGCGGCCGCCGCUGCGCCGCGUCGGCGGGCGGUAACGGGGCGGCGCGGAACGGCGGCGGCGGGGCCCGGCCAUGAGGUCCACCGCCUUCCGGGCGGCCGAGCCGCCGCGGGGGGGGCGGGAGGUGGAGGAGGAGGAGGAGGAGGAGGAGGAGGGCACCGCUCCGCACCGCCCGCCGCCCCGCCGGCCCCGGGAGCCGCCGCCGCCGCCGCUGGGGGCACACAAGGGCCGCGGCGGCGGGGUGGCGGCGGAGCAGCAGCGCUGGGCCGGGCUGGUGCCGCUGGCCGGCGGCAGGCAGGCCGGGGCGGGGGAUGCCGGCGCCCGGCCGCGCUACCAGGCGGUGCUGCCCGGGCGCGGCGGCGGGGAGGGCGCGGCGGGGCCGGGGCCCGUCGAACCGGGCCCUCCUCCUCCUCUUCCUCCUCCUGCUCCGCCGCCGGCGCCGGCGGCCGCCGCCGUUGAAGGCAAGUGGAAGAGCGGAGCGCGGCGCGGCGGGAUGGGGGCCGGCGGCGGUUCGCCGGGGCAGGCGGCCUGUCUGCGGCAGAUCCUGCUGCUGCAGCUGGACCUCAUCGAGCAGCAGCAGCAGCAGCUGCAGGCCAAGGAGCGGCAGAUCGAGGAGCUCAAGGCCGAGCGGGACACGCUCCUCGCUCGGAUCGAGCGCAUGGAAAGGCGGGUGCAGCUGGUGAAGAAGGACAGCGAGCGGGAGAAGCACCGCAUCUUCCAGGGCUUCGAGGUGGACGAGAAGCCGGAGGCGGAGGCGUGCGAGAAGCUGCCGCUGGAGUGUCCCCAGGACGUGCUGGAGCCCCCCCCGACCCUGCAGCCCAAGCACUUCCCCUACGGCAGGAACGGGAAGGGGCAUAAAAGGAAGCCGACGUUCGGGAGUGCGGAGAGGAAGACGCCCGUUAAAAAACUGGUGUCCGAGUUCUCAAAAGUGAAGAGUAAAACUCCGAAGCACUCCCCGGGGAAGGAGGAAUCGGGCGGCUCCUUGUCCGAAACUGUUUGUAAACGAGAACUGCGGAGCCAAGAGACUCCGGAAAAACCCCGCUCGCUCCUGGAGACCCCGCUCCGAGCCUCCGCCCCGCCGAAGGGCCCUGGUGCCCACCCCAAGGAGAAGGGCUUCUUCAGCAGCGAGACAGACGACCUGCCCUAUCUCUCAACCACCGAAAUGUACUUGUGCCGCUGGCACCAGCCGCCCCCGUCGCCGCUGCCAUUGCGGGAGCCCUCCCCAAAGAAGGAGGAGACUGUAGCAAUUCCGUCUUGGAGGGACCAUGUCGUGGAGCCCCUGAGAGACCCCAACCCCUCGGACAUCCUGGAGAACCUGGAUGACAGCGUCUUUUCCAAACGGCACGCGAAGCUGGAGCUGGAUGAGAAACGAAGGAAAAGGUGGGACAUUCAGCGGAUCAGGGAACAGCGAAUUCUACAGCGGCUGCAGCUCCGAAUGUACAAAAGGAAAGGGAUUCAGGAGUCGGAGCCUGAAGUUACCUCAUUUUUCCCUGAGCCAGAUGAUGUGGAAAGUUUGCUCAUCACCCCCUACCUGCCUGUCGUCGCCUUUGGCCGGCCCUUACCAAAACUGACCCCACAGAACUUCGAGCUGCCCUGGCUGGACGAGCGCAGCCGCUGCCGGCUGGAGAUGCAGAAGAAGCAGACACCGCACCGGACCUGCCGGAAAUAACGGAGCCACCAGGAGCUCCGUGCAUCGUGCCGACAGCCGCUGCCCUCCCCUGCCUUCUCGUUGCCGGAUGGUUCCGUUCUCAGUACUCCCAGUUUUGUUCUUUUUGGGUUUUGCAACACAUUUUCCCGGACUCGUCCCCCGGCGGCACCGGCUGAGGUUUCCCACCGGCUGCUCCGGCCCCGGCGGCAGCGGGCGGCCCCCGGCCCCGUCCUCGCUGCCCCUGCCCUCCCCAAGCCCGCGUUCGGUGUAUUUUGGAAGUUUGCCUUCGUGCCGGGGGGGGGGUGCCGCGUCCCGCCGGGACUCUGCCUGCCGCUGCCUUCGUGUUGGGUUCGGGUAGAAACGGGGAUAAAGAGCAGUUGGUGCCCGAGCGGGGCGGGGGGCCGCUCUGGGCUUCCCCCCCCCCUUUCCGGGGGCUGUAAU